AUGGCAAUAACUUAUGACCUCUACUCUGAUUCUAUAAUUUCAGUAUGUAAUGAACAGUGUACGAGAAGAGAAAAUGUUGGUAAAAGAAGAUGUAGUAAAAGAUGUAUCACCAACCAAGAUUGUGUCAGUGCCAAGAAGAAAUGUCUAUGUGAUGGUGUCUGUGGUCUAAGCUGUAUUAAUCCAAAUGCCGGUUGUGAUUUGUUACCGCCGAUAUCUUACGGUAGAGUGGAUAUUAUACCGCCCAAUAUGAUUGGAGGCAGAGCUCGGUAUUCGUGCUAUCCUGGUUUUCAUCUUGUUGGACGAUCUGAACGAACUUGUCAACCUGAUGGGAAAUGGGAUGGUGCUCCACCAAGUUGUGAAAAAGUUGUAUGUGGACGGCCACCAGAGGUAGAGCAUGCGUCACAUGACGCACCUGAUCAGCUACAGUUCCAAUCUGGCACACAUUUAACUUAUACUUGUGUAUUCGGAUAUUAUCGAGAAGGAGCACCACGAGCUGUGUGUACAGGGGAAGGCCAGUGGGUAGGACCCAAGAUGACAUGCAAAGCUAGAAAUUGUGGAGCGCCUGGUGAAAUAAACAACGGUUGGAGAGAUCCUGGCUAUAAAUUCACAUUCCCUAGUCGAGUCACCUACCAUUGUGAUGAGGGGUUUGAGUUAUUGGGCCGUGCUUACAGAGAAUGUCAAUCUAACGGAGAGUGGUCUGGUAUACUACCAACAUGUGAACCUAUACAGUGUCAGGAACUGGGACCACCUCUACACGGUACAAUGAUAGGAUCUGGUAGAACGUAUGGAUCAAUCAUUAAGUUUGUUUGUAAUGAUGGUUAUAAAGUGGUGGGAUCUGAUGAAAGGAGAUGCCAAGCAGGUGGAAUGUGGAGUGGACAGGAAGCCAGAUGUGAAGAGAUUGAUUGUGGUAUACCAGGGCCUGUUUAUAAUGGGUAUAUUGAUGGUCACAGAACUAGUGUAGGAGCUAUAUUCUUCUACAGGUGUUAUGCCCGAACAACUUACGAUGGAACAUCCUUUUUUGCACAAUGUUUAGAAAAUGGACAGUGGUCACAACCUCCUCCAAGAUGUCUGGGACAAUGUGCAGUACCAGCUAUUUUAAAUGGUUCAGUAGUCAAUGGUAGAGAGGGGGUGUGGGUGGAUCAUGGAACAGCUAUAAACUAUACGUGUAAAGAGGGACUACAACUCAAUGAUACUUCUAUUAAUACUUGUAAUAAUGGAACUUGGAGAUUUAUACCACGUUGUCUCCCAGCGCCCUGUAAGAGUCCUCCACCAUUGAUUGAGAAUGGUCAUCGUGUAUUUUUCACUAUGAAUCAUGGUGAUAGAGCUAGAUAUUUCUGUAUGGAAGGGUAUAGACUGUAUCAGAGUAACAAGUACCUUACAUGUAAUUUCGGAGCUUGGGAAGGCGUCCGACCCUAUUGUGAAGAAAAUUUUUGUCCAAAUCCUGGAACCUUAACCAAUGGUCAAAUAUACAAGAAAGGUCAUGUUGGAAAAUUUCGCUUUAAAGAAUACAUUGUAACAAUAAAACAUGGCGACCGACUAGAAUAUGAAUGCCAUCGCAAUUUCAAAUUACAAGGCCCGAAAGGCGCAGCUUGUGUCAAUGGAAAAUGGAGUCCUCAACAAAAACCGAAAUGUGUCCCGGCCCGGCAUCCCAUAUUACCGAAAUUAUGGAGACCUAUGGAAGAACUUUCGUAA